UGAAUUAUUUCAUCAAUUGAUUUUAGGAUUUAUUUUUUUUACAUUAUGCCGUUAACAAAAAAUUGAAAGAAUACAUAGAUAGAAUACAGAAGAAAGAAAGUAACGUGAAAAGAUAAAAAUAAACUUGUGGCGGAAGAAAAAAAUUACAACAGAUUUAUCCAUUAAUUUCUCCCUGAAGUUCUAAUUUUCAGAUGCUAUCUUAGUCUUCUAAAAGUUGCACCUCUCGUUGUGCAAAAUAAAAGCCUCUUUGUUCGUUAUUUUCUCUGCAUACUAGUCAUUGGGUCUAUCGUUCUCAUUUUCCAAUCUCCAUUGCUCGAAUCACUUUCCUUUCAUUCACAUUUCGCAGGGCGCUUCUUUCUCAUUGCUGGCAAAAUGGCAAAUGCAGCGUCCGGAAUGGCUGUGCAUGAUGAUUGCAAACUGAAGUUUCAAGAGCUUAAAUCAAAGAGGAUUUACAGGUAUAUUGUGUUUAAAAUUGAAGAACAGCAAGUGGUGGUUGAGAAAUUAGGGGGCCCCACGGCAAGUUAUGAGGACUUUAUGGCCUGUUUUCCACCAAAUGAAUGUCGUUAUGCUGUCUAUGAUUUUGACUUCACAACUAAUGAGAACUGCCAAAAAAGCAAGAUCUUCUUCAUUGCAUGGUCACCAGAUUCCUCAAAGGUGAGGAUGAAGAUGGUGUACGCAAGUUCUAAGGAUAGAUUCAAGAGGGAAUUGGAUGGCAUUCAAGUUGAUAUGCAAGCAACUGAUCCAAGUGAGAUGAGCUUGGACCUUGUUAAAGCACGAGCCAUAGACCAACACAACAACCUCUUCCAGUUGCAGACUAGGCUUCCUUAUGAUUACGAUGGGAACUACGUGUUUCCCAACUACUAAUGUUCUUUUCAAACCUCAAAG